AUGGAUACUUUGAAAGAUGUUCCCGAGUUUUUCGAAACACAGCUUGAUGAGUCUAUAGUUGCCAGAACAGAAAACUUAGCGUCAUUUCGUGAGCUUGGUCCUCCUGACCUUUGCCAUAUCACAAAGUCUAAUGCCAAGCCCGGUGUAAAAGAGGUCGGCUCUUAUCAUUAUGUUUCUGGUGUCGAUGCUUCUUCUUCAGCUACCUUAGCAGCAUACCUCAAUUCAUUGACCUAUGCAUUGGAAGAAACCCAUGCAUGGUUUUCUAAAUCCUCCGCUUGGAGAAUUCGUUCUGGGUUUAAUUAUUCCAGUUGCUUUAAUGCCUUUUCACGAGUGGAUGUGCGUGUUGAAGUUAAGAUUCCUGGUGGUGUUGAAAGUUAUAUUGUAGAUGCGCGUGGUGAAAAACAUGAAGCUUCACCAGAGAUGUGGCAAGAAACCUAUAUUUCUGCACUUCUACGCUCUAUACUUUAUUCAGACGAUGCCAAUUACCGGCUUGCUGGAUUCCGCAAAUUAGAUCCUAUCCCAAAUAUAGAGGCAGAAGCACAUUUCUUGGAGGCUGCUGAAUCUCUUUUUUUUAAAGGUUGGCAACUUGGAUCAGAUCCAGAAAUUCAGGUUGCAACUGUUGUCAGUAAUCAUUUAACUACUGAUCCUGAGGUUGCUUCGUUACUUGCACAAUCGUAUAUAGGGAUGGACGAAGAAAUAAAGGCGAUCAAUAUUUUGUACGAGGCCUUAAAACAGCAGCAAAUGAGUUAUGCGCUUCUACACGUUCAAACGGAUUUUUUGCUGUCCAAGGGAAAAAAGACGUAUGCACUCAAACUCGCUAAACAAGCAGUAAAUUGCGCUCCCUCUGAGUUUGUUACCUGGGCCAAACUUACUGAGGUGUACAUUGAGCUUGAAGAUUACGAAUCGGCAUUGUUGACCCUGAAUUCUUGUCCAAUGUUUACAUAUAACGACAGAGAUAUGCAUAGGAUGCCAACCCCAGCAAAAACUCAUCUUCCUAUUAAACAAGAGAUUUCAAACGUUGGACUCUUAGAUGAAGACAAUGGACGAGACACUGAGGCUGAUGUAGGUCUUUUACGCCUUCCGGCACCAUCCCUUCGAGGUACCUUUGCUAAAGCGUAUUCAUUAUUAACACGUCUGGUUGCCAAAAUUGGGUGGGAUGAAUUAUUAAAAUGUCGAUCCUCCGUUUUCGUAAUGGAGGAGGAAUAUCGUUUGCAAAAAGCAGCCGAAGAAGAGCGGAGAAAUCAAAAGUUGGUUGUUAACAAUAAGCCACACGAAAAAGAGGAUAAUAAAGAGCCUGAUGUUAUUAAAGUUAAAACAAAUGGUGUAAACGAUUCAUCUCAAUCUAUUCCGACAAUUACAAUAUCAGGUGACUCCAAUAAUGAUAAGGAGCAUAAUGUUUCACCAGAUUCACAAGAAAAUAAAACCACUUUAGAAACAGUUAAUGAAAAUCCUGAGCAGAGUUCGGAGGCUGAGCAGAAUUUGGAGGAGACUGAUAAUAAUGACGAUAAUGAAGAGCAAGAACAAAAAAAAAAUAUAAAUCAUAAUGCUCCUGCUGAUGAACAAUCAGUUGAUUCUUUAGAAGAAGUUAAUUUGGACGACGAAAAAUCUGGUGUAGGUGAGACUUCUGCACCAGUAAUAGAAUUCAAAGGCCCCGAAUUGGAAAAGCCAACACAAGCUGCUAAUGAUGAUAAAAAUGAAAGUCAAAGCUUAAAUAAUGAUGAUCAAAAUAAGGACGCUGCGUUAAGAAAAGACUACGCGUUCUCAUUCAAUAACAAAAGGCUCUGCGAAAGAUGGCUUGAUAAUCUUUUCAUGGUCUUGUACGAGGAUUUGAGGGUUUACACGGUUUGGCGUUCAGAAGUUGCACAUUACAAAGCUCAUCAAAUGUCUUAUCGUAAAACGGGUACUGAAUGGGAAAUUUUGGGUGAUUUAGCAGCAAGACUUCGCUACAAGGGAGACGCCAAGGAGGCCUACACACGUUGUCUUGAUAAUAAAUUUUCAGCCAAAGCCUGGCUAAGACUGUUAGAAUUUUAUGCAGAGGAAGGAGAUGUACCGCAUGCUUUAGGUGCUGUAGUAAAAUUGACUGUAUACUAUGAACGAUGGUAUCACGAAAUAAUUUAUCCAACCGCUAUUGCAUAUAAUCUCAACAAACUGAUUCGGAGCGAGGGACUUUCUAAAAUACAUUACAACCUCAUCUCCAUGAAUUUACCACCACCUGUAGCCAAAUUGGUUACGAGAUACCUUAUUUUUGCCGAAACUUUUAAAAUUCCCGGAUCAGAUUUCUAA